GCCUCCUCGCCUCCGCCGGCCGGGCCGCCGGGGACCCGGCCCCGCGGCCGACACCGCCCCUCCCGGGGGCCCGGGGAUCCCGGACCUCUCCGGCCGUGGACUGAGCGGCGGCGGCGUCCUCGCCCCGGCGGCCCGCGGGGCUGGGAGGAGCGGAUCCUCGCGGCCGCUCCGGACGCGGCGGGUGCCAGAGCGCGGACGUUCGGGGUCCGGGCUGAGCAGGUCCCGGGCGCCCGGCGAGGCCAGCUCACUCCGGGCGGGCAGACCCGGCGGAGCCCGCAGCCGGCCGAUCUGGACUGGACAGAGCGAGUUCCGGACGGCGCUGAGCCCGGGGACGGCCGGGCGCGGGCCGAGGGCAUCCCGGCGCCCUCCGAUCCCUCCGACUUUGGUUCACGCGCUGGGACCGGUCCGGCGUCGCCUCGGUCUCCCUGCGCCCGGGUCACCUGUGGCCUCGGAGCCCCGGGCCCCCCGGACGCUCGCUCAUUCCCCGCCCGGAGCCCGGCGGGGGUCGGGGGAGCUUUUUCCUGCCCCCUUCCGUGGAGCGCGGAGGCCCCGCCCCCUCCCACCGCCCAGAUGUCUCCGGUGGCGGCUCUGAGGACCUCCCUGAGGCCAGGGGCCGAAGGGUCCAGAGAGAGAAGCCCGCCCUAGAGAGCCUUGGGGGCCCCCCAACCUCAUCUUGGGGCUUGGCCCCCGACGCUGCUCGGAAGGAAGGCCGGUGCCCCCACCCUCGGGGGCUGCCCUCCUCCAAUCCAGCUCAGCUUGCCAGAGCUGCCCACAUCUGGAGCCCCCUCCACUUCUGGAAGACCCCAGCCACCAUCCCUCUGCAGGUGUCAGUUGCAUCCAGAGAUCUCUGCCUUUGCCACUGCCUAGGAGUUGUGAGGGGAUCACGGCUGCCUUCCCCCCAACCCAAGGGCAUCUCUUACCCUUAGUCCCUGCAGAGUCAUCCCCCUGCCUCUGUGUUCAGGCUCAGCCAGAGAUCAGCUCAGCACACCCACAGGCACUUCAAGUCCUAGAGGCCACUCCUGAGACCCAAGGCCCCUCCCCCUGCCCUCUUGUGUCCUCACCUUGACCCCCUGUGACAGGCUCUGUGUCCCUCUGGGUGUCCCGUUCUUCACCCAGAGGCAGAGGAGGUGGGGUGGCAGAGGGCAGGGACUGGGUGAGGGCCACCCAGGGCCAGGGUGGGCUGGGGGGCCGUUAAGAUGAGGAGCUCUGCCUGGCUGAGGGGGGCUCCGUGGAGGCAGACGCAGUGUGUGCCCGGCUGGGGGGAGUAUGGGCAGGCCUGCGGCCACGUGGUAAAGGAUGAACAUUCGGGGCACCCCGGACCUCGGGCAGCCCAGUGACGACCCCAGCAGUGGUGGCGAGCGGGAACGGAUUCGACAGCGCAUGAAGAUGGUCAUCGGGCAGCUCGAGGGCAUCCUGCGGGAGCUCAAGGAGGUGGCCAAGGAGCUAAGGGAGGAGGGCAAAGCACUCAGAUGUGAAGACAAGUCAUGCAAGACUGCCAGGGAACAGCACAGGAUGCUCGAGGAAGGAGCAAGGCCAGCAGAGAGGAAGGGCUUAGCUGUAACCCCCUCUGCCAUCCUCCUCCUCUGUCUGCUGCUCCCCUUCCCCAGCCCCAGACACCGCUGCUCAUGGCAGACCCUCCUCAUCCUCUUGAGCGCACAGCCUAAAAUUCACAGAAAGGUGGUGAGCCAGAUCGAUAAGCUGACCUCAGACUUCGACUUUGAACUGGAGCCGGACGACUGGACCACAGCCACUGUGAGCAGCACCUCCAGCAGCGACAAGGCGGGCGUGGGCGGCCCCUUUGACCUGGGCCACCUGGACUUCAUGACAGCCGACAUCCUCUCGGACAGCUGGGAGUUCUGCUCCUUCCUGGACGUGUCUACCCCCUCGGACUCCGUGGACGGCCCCGAGUCGGCCCGGCCAGGGGCUGGGCCCGACUACCGGCUCAUGAACGGCGGCCUGCCCAUCCCCAAUGGGCCGCGGGUGGAGACCCCGGACUCCUCCAGUGAGGAGGCCUUCAGCGCUGGCCCUGCAAAAGGCCAGCUGCCCCAGCGGACCCCGGGCACGCGGGAGAGGGUGCGGUUCAGCGACAAAGUGCUCUACCACGCUCUGUGCUGUGACGAUGAGGGGGAUGGCGAGGAGGAGGCAGCAGAGGAGGAGGCCGACCUGUCCCCGGAGCCUCCUCGUACAGAGGCCCCCGCGGGCCCCCCCAAGCCCGCCCCGGCCCCCUACAAGCCGAGGCGCUCUCCGCUGACCAGCCACCGCUCAGGCCCCACCGUUGCCCCCGAGCAGACCCGAAGGGUCACGAGGAACAGCAGCACCCAGACGGUGUCAGACAAGAGCACGCAGACGGCGCUGCCCUACACAGCCACCAGGCGGAAGGCCAGGGGGAAAAACUAGGGCGUGGUCCAGGGGGCGGGGGGCACGCAGGGCUAUAAAUACAUAUAUCUAUAUUUAACAAACACAGUCAUAAUAAAAUUUAAAAAUGCGAACGAUCUGGCCCCGCAGGCCCCAAAGCUUUCACAGAGCUCAUCUCGGGCACAGAGUGGGCACCCCCAGGUCCCAGGAGGUGCAGCCAGAACAGCCCUCCCCUCCUUCCCCGCGCAGGGCUCCUGGAGGGGGCGUCCAGAAGUGCGUGCAUUAGGUGGGGAGAUUCAUCGGCAGGAGGCAGGCUGGGGAGGAACAGCGUCCAAGGCCAGGGCUGACAGUUGGUGCGACCUGGAGACUGUAGGACUGAGGGCCAGGGGUGGCAUGGCCGCAGCUGGGCCCAGUUUCACUGCACCCCCAGGCCUUCUGCUCCAAGCAGACUUUGCCUCUCCUUCCCAAGGGCAAACUUACCUGGAUGCACACAACCCUUCCCCGCCCCCUCCAUCUCAGGGUUGGCCAGGACACAGAAGGCACAAGCUGCCCCCGUGGCUGGGCCUCCAUGCUGGGGAGCUGGGCUUCCACAGACCCUGGAGAACCAGGCUAGCGUGGGCAGGGCAGGGGUUUGUUUGGAGAGCCUGGACCACUCCCAAUCCUUUCAGCUCCCGUGCUCAGCCUUGUCCUCUAGGAAUCACUCAGGGCCCGGCCGCAGCCAGCCCCUGGCUUGGCCCAGAGCAGAUCUGAUGUCCACAUGAGAAAUCAGAUGGAAGCCCUGGGGGCUAUGAACCAGGGCCAUAGACAGGCUCUCAGACCCCCUCACCAGGCAGGCAGCCCCAGAGACGAGCCCAGUGGCCCUGCUCUGCCCCUGCUUCUCCACGCCAGAACCUAAGCUCGCCUUAGCGGGUGUUGAAUGACACGACAGAGACAAGAUGGGGGCCUAGAGGCACCAGGGCGUCAUCUGGGUCAAGGCCUACACAGGGACAGCAUCUGAACAUCCUUGGGAUUAAUAACCGCAAUCAUUGCUCACAUUUAUUGAGCAGGUCUCUAUGCCACUACUAUGCCAAGUAUGUUUUAUAGCAUUAUCGUAUUUAAUCUUCACAAUAACCUGACAAGAUAGGAACUAUUGCUAUCCCCAUUUUUCAAAUGAGAAGACUGAGGUUCAGAGAGUAACUGACCCAAAGUCACAGAGCCUGUGCCACCCUGCCCCCCAUGUGUGUGAUUUCUGGGCUAUACCCGGCUCUGCUAUCUAGCAGCUGUGUGACUUUGGGCAAGUCCAUUUGCCUCUCUGAGCCUACCUACCUCAUCUAUAAAAUGGGUCUGGUAGUCUUCACCUACCUCACCAGCUGCUGUAGGGCUUUGAUGAGAUGGGGAAUGUGAAGGCCCUCGGUAAGCACCAAGGCCCUGGACAUGCGUUAUGGCCAUAUGACCCCAACCCAGAUUCCAGUGUUUUCCGGGUAGGGAAGGAAGCCAAGCCCACUGACCAGGAGCUGUCCCUGGGUCACUCUUUCGCUUUGUCCUCCAUGGCAGCUCGAGAUUGGGAGAUGGCUGCGGCUUGAUUCACUGCCCCUCGCUUAGAGCAGCGAGGUGGCAGUGGGGGCGCAGCACAGAUGCCCCUCUCAGGGGCCUCCCUGCUGCACUUCCAAUGAAGCCCAGUUCCAGCCCACCAACACCUGUUGGCAGGCAUCUCUGCUCCUCACAUGGGCCUGGGAGGGCCUGACCAGCAGCCUGGCAGCACCCACUGCCUCUGCUGCGGGGCCAGAGGAGGUGCUGUUCAGCCGCAGCAGUGGGGAGACAGACUGUGCAGGCCGGUGUGGAGCGGAUGCCGGGAUGCUAUCAGGACGGGCUAGGCUGCGCCUAGGAUGUGUGCUCUGCAGUGUGGGGAGCUCCCCUUGGGCCUGGGCUGAGGUCAGAGCCCUAGGGAGCGAGCCAGGGUGCAGGCUCCAGGUGGAAAUCCAGUGGCGGCUGAGCCAUGGUUAGCGAUUCCCGGCCCAGGCCCCAGGGCACUCUCCGGCAGUGGGUGCUGAUCAGCUGUAGGACCCUGGCUCAGAGGAUGAGUGCCAGGGGCUCCCCUGGGAGGGGGCCAGGUGAGGUUGGCCCUAUCUGACAGUGAGGAGGGGGCGGGGCGGGGCAGUCCCUGCUCGGGUAUGGACAUACCCAGCUCUGAGGAAUGACAUCCGGUUCUACCUCCAAGACUUGCUUUUCCUGUCCAAUGGCAGGAUUGUUUUCAGACUUAGAGUCUCUCCUCUUUACAACAGUCAGGGGAAAAACUGUAGCAGAGUCCCAGAGCCAGGGAUGCCCGAAGGAGCCGUGGGUGAGGCGUGGGCCUCUCCUGGGAGCCCCACCACCCACUCUGGCUCUGAGUGUUUGCGCGUGGUCGCGGCUAGUGUCCUUUAGUUGUUCCCUGGUCUACCACCCGGCUGCCUGCCUCCAAUGGGUCAGAGGCACAUGGGUGUCAUGGAAGAGGGAGAAGAGGGUGUAGGUUCCAGAAGGCCCAAAAAGUACUUGGCUCGCCUCAUAAUUACGCCACACUCAGUCUGGGCCUCACUGACAGUGGGGUGGGAUCUCCAAGGCUUUUUUAUGACUUGAAACACGGAACGUGGCCACCUGGGGAAAAACUGUGACUGUCAGAGCUGUUGAGCCACGGAAUGCGCUGCUUCUGAGUAGUGAGCUCCGUGUCCCUGAGGCCGUAGCCGUCCCAGGGACCAUCCUGCACACCUGCCUGCUCCUCCAGGUACCGCCCCUCCCUGCUCUUCCGCACCUCUAAGCUUUUGCCCUUUUCUGGGUUUCCUCACCCAAAAUGUCCCAUGAGACCGCCCUGUUUCUAGGAAGUCUUAUUUCACUGACCACCUACUGUGUCCUCAGGCUCGUGCCGAAUGGUGCCGUGGAGGAGGCCGAGGGUGCCAGGUGCUCGUGACAGAGAGGAGUCGUGGUUGUGCUAAAGAGCUCACACUCAUCGAGAGCACACGAUGUACCGACCAUUGUUCUAAGCGUGUGAUUUAUCUCAUUUAUUCCUCACAGCAAAUAUGAGAUAAGUGCUUUUAUUUAUACCUAUUUUCAGGAUGAGGAAACUGAGGCUCUGAGAAGUUAAAUAAUUUGCCCAAGGGCACAGGAUGGGUUAUGGCACAAGGAUUCAAUCCCAAACUCCGUGACUUAGCGUUCAAACAUCUGCUGCAGUAAAAAUCCGUGGUGGGGUCAGUGCUCUGGUCUCUGGAGGUGAGGGAAGGCGGAGGGGGAGGGGGGGCGGGUCUGAAAGCCAGAGGGGCCUGCACAGGCGGAGGUGCGAGGAACAGGAAACCUGUGAAGGCAGUUCAGUAUUUGGAGAGGUUGGCUACUGUUAACAUGAAUGUCAUGGCCCUUGACACAGAGUCUGGCACCAAUGGAUUAUGGGUUCAAUAAACGUUUGUUGAUUGAAUGAAUGAGCCCCAUUUGCAGAGGGGCCCUCCAUUGUGCAUUCAUUCAAUCAGAUUUUAUUGCAGACCUCCUAUGUGCCAGGUCUCAUGUUGCUUGCACACACACAUACACACAACUCCCCUGUGAGGGUCUGGUCUGGUGUGGCUAGGGGCUGGACAAAGCCAAAACAGAGGGGUGUGGGGUUUCAGUGCUAGGAAGCCAGUCAUAGCAUUAGGUCCAGCCUGUGACCCCUGGGAAAGGAGCCAGGAACAAGAGGCAGGAGACCAGCUUAGUGAGAAGAGCCAUCCUUCUGGGGACAAGGUUCCUCAGCCUGACACCACUUUAAUGGGGCAGGCACAUUGCAGUGUUCCCAGGGUCUGAGAAUGAGGAGACAUCACUGUCUCCAUUUUAUAGACAAUGGACAGAUGAUCCGUCUACAAAAGUGGUCUGAUGGGACCAGAGGGCAGAAAGGGGGGCAAACUAUUCAGAGACCCCAGCACCAUCCGCCACCCUUAGAGACAAAGUGAGGCCAUGUCAAAGGAAGGGAAAAAGGGAGGAAGGGAAACUGGGAAUUCAAGGCGGGCCCAGCCUUCCACCUCUGCCCCUCCUGAGUUCCCUUUCUCUGUCCCAAUUCCCCUCCCCACACCCAUCUCCCAUUCUGCAGCUGAGACUGGUGUGUGAAAACUGACAAUUAUUGACCACCCUGUAUACUCCAGGCACUGUGCACUAAAUGGCAGGUUUAGUUGUGCCCAGUACGUAAGAGAUUGCUCAACAAUUAUUUAUUGAAUAAAUGGAUGAAACACAAUCUUCAUCUGAUAGGUGAAGGAGCUGAUGAGCAAACAUGGAAUUUGUUCAAAGGGGCAUAGUAAGAACUUGGUGGAGCUGGGGGUUUGACAUUGCUGUCAUUUACACUGUGUAAGAGCUACUGUUUAUGGACUUCCUAUGAUUUGAUGCAUUAGGCACUUUACAUAAACUGUCUCAUCUACUUCACAACAAACCUCCAAGUCAUAGAGAAGACUCAGCCCCAGAGAGGUGUAGCAUCCUGCCCCAAAUCACCAGCUCCUAAGUGCAGGAACAGGAUCUGAAUCUAGACUUCACCAUGCUUCCUGCACUCCUAGCUUGAGGGGACCUGGAGCCCCUGCAAGUGGAGGCACUGCCAGAACAUGGAGUUUGCUCCGUAGAACUGACCCGUACUCACCAGGCCUCAGGCUCUGCUUUCUUCAGCUCAGCCCUCUGGCCCCUGGGAGCAUUAGGCCAGACUCCUGGAACCCACCCCGGGGUCCCUGUGGGUCUGGGCACUGACCAGCCAAAAACAGCUCCAGGUCCAAAGUGUCCUUUCUCCCUUCUCGUAUCUCCGGCAGAACCUGGAAGACCAGGCUGCCCUCAGCCCGUUGAUGCCCAGCCCCUUCCGUUCUGUGCUUAAUCUGUGUUAGUUAGGGACUGGAGUAUCUAGGAAAGGCUUCUGGGAGGAGGAGGGAUUUGAAAUGGUAUUUGUUUGCAAUGAAGUAGAACUUUGACACCCGGACGUGGAAAUGAAGGGCGUUUGGGGCGAGUGGAACUUUACAAAGAUGGCUGGGGUGGCCAUAGAGUGGACAGUAGAGAAAGGCCUUGCGGAAACAGAGGGUGCACGUUAGUGCAAGAUAGGAAAGAUGAGAGCGACUGCAACCGGGGCCAAGAGAGUCCGCUAGCUCCCUCAGAGCCACUGCAGCCUCUUGACUGAGGGAGAAGGAAUUGGGUUUCCUGUCUAGUCUAAGACAGGAAAAUCUAGGGGAACAGAUUUAAGACAGCUCAGCAGUGACUAUCGUGAUACGGACCCACUGUAAUGAAUAGAUAAGAAUAGCACAUUGGUAAGUAAAAGAGAUAUGCUAAAGAGCCCUUGAAUGUCGAUGUGUGUUACAAGUAGUUAAACAUCCCUCCUGCAGGACGCAUCCUCACCAAACCUUUCUCCUCCCUCCCCAACAGGGGUUGGGAUGCUGGGGGCGCAUCAUCCAAUUCCAGGUGAGCUAGCUGAGAUCCUGAUGAGACCUGACUCUGCCUACCUGUCUGCCCUGAACCCCGAAUACAGAGGGGAGCCCAGCAGCCGUCACCACCCACCUCUCCACUUUACCUGUCCCCAGCCGUGCCUGUCAAGGAGACCGAGGUGGGUGACCUCAGGCUGAUGCUGUCCACACCCAGGCACUGUGCCUGAUUAGACCUGACUCCCUGCCAGGAACAGUCAAGCUCACGCACCUGCCUGCGGCUCUCAGUUCCCUGAGCAGGCUGCUCCCUCUCCUCUCCCUGCUGGGACACGCAGAGGGCAAGAGCUUCCUGCUGGGGCGACGAUAGGUAGGGUGGACCCAGCAGGGCUCCUCUCUGCUGCCAUCUUAGAAGCACCACAGAAACCCGGUCUCCAGGCACCAGCUCACCCGCCCUUCACUCUACCCCACCCGUCCUCCAGCCCCAGGAACACAGGACAAGGUGGGGUCGCUACCAGGCACAGCCUGUGGAGGAGCUGUGGAGAGAGGCUGAGGCCCUGAUUUUUGUGGGGUCUCCUUGUGGCCAGUGGUAGAGCCUUCCCAGGAGACCUCCGUGAGGAAGGAGAAUUUUCCCUGAGCCGAGCAGUAGACUAAGUGUGGGAGGCUUCCCAAAGGAGGUAGGGAUGGCUGAGUCCACCUUGGUGAGGUGGGGAAGGAAAGGUCAUUGGUGACCCAGGAGUGUGGGGGGAAGGGCAGGUCAGGGAAGCCCCGGGGGCCCUGAGAACUUCUCUAGCCCAUUCCCACCCCCUUAAGUCAAGCUGACCCUACUCGCCCUCCAAUUCCCCGGGCAUUUCUCUUCCUCUCAUCCAGAGGUUGCAAAUUGGUGGCCUGCACACCUGUUUUGCCUCCCACAUAUAAUUUUAUUUGGUUUUAAAGAGGACUGUACAUAAAAUUACAGACUUCAAGUCUUGGGAAAAAUCACCUCAAAUUUGCUCUAAAAAAUAUAAGUCUUUAAAAAACGAUAGAUCUGAUAAUACGGGGCUGGUAUUCCACAUGGAAACAGUUAGCGCGAGCUGAGCAGCAGGGCCGCUCCAGGUGGUGUGGGCACUCACCAGGCCCCCAGACUCCACUCCUCCCACCCUACCCGGUGGCCUGCCUUCAUUUACAGUGGCUUCCCCGGGCCUACGAGUCUGAGUCCUCUGCUGAUCCGACCUACCGCCAGUUCUUCUGUCAUCCUGCCAUUCCUUUUCUUCUGCCCCUGCCUGUCUUAAACACACCUUCCAUCAAGCCUCAUUAUUACCCUGAGGUUUCUUUUUCCCACACAGCUGUCUCCUCUAGCAGAUGGCAAGCCCCUUGAGGGCAGGAAUAAUUAAUGUGCUCCCAGGAACUGGCACAGCUUGGCACACAGGAGAUCCUCAGGGAAUGUAUGUUGAAUGAAUAUGCUGCUCGCCCCUGCCCAGGCCCUCAAUAGCCCUCCUUUGCCCUCAGGACUUGAACCCCCUCCAGAUCCAGAGUGGGGCCCAUGACUCCCAAAGUCUUCCCAGAGGGAGGGCAUGUCCUUCUGGGUCUGGGGAGCGAAGGGACAAGAAGUGCACUUUGCUGGACUCUUUGAGGUGGCCGACCACUGGAAGUACCGAGGCACUUACCCAGUUUUGCUUUGAUUUGUUUCCUAAUUCAGAGGCAGGGUUGCAGGGCUGAGGGAUGAUUUCACACUUUUUAAUAAAGGAAUCUUCAAACCAAAUAGCCCUUGUAGCUGUUCCCUCAACCCUGGAGCAGCAGCCACAGAGAUAACUCAUUCACUAAGUAAUUGCCGCCGUCCAAGUGUUGGAUGGGACGUUGUGAGAUGUCAGAGAAGUGACUUUUUGCUUAAUCAAAUGCCUUUGCCCCAUAAGGUUUGUUCGUUCUGAAGGCUCAGUGAAGCUUCAGACAAGCAAAGUCUGGUUAAAUAUAUCAGCAUCCUCAUCCCCUGCUCCCCGACUCUGGUGGCCUUGGGAGGCUGCCUCAAAGCCCCUCCAGACACUCGCCUGGCAAGCCAAGGAUCUUAGCACCCUCUGCCCCUGCCCCAGCCCUAUGAGAACUUCCUUCACUGGGGGGUGUUGAGGGCACUGCCAGGGACCACUGCAUAUCUCCAGGGACACCAUUCACAUUAUAUCCCAUGUGAAUGGCCCCCUCAGCACAGCUCACAAUAGUACACCACAGGCAUGAUGCCCCUGGAAUCGUGCAACACAGUAUUCAGGCACCUGCACUGGACCACAAGGAUGUAUGGCCCAGACUCUGAGCUGAGACCGCCAGGGCUGUCUAGACCCCAGAUUCAGAGGCUCUUCAUACCUCAUGCUUCUGAGCUCCAGCUGCCCCCGGGGCACCCUCACCUCACCCACUGUUGUCCAGAGAGUUUCCAAAACGGAAUAGAGCAGAGAGCAAGGGGUGGCUAGUGACAAGUCCCUGCCCAGGCCCCAGACUGGUCCCAAAAGGACCAUAAUUCCUACCCCAAUGCGCUCCAACCCCUGGUAGAGACCCCACCCCAAAACUUUAGGUGGCAGAGAACAGGAUCUGUGGCACCCCAGGACCAGCAGAGUACCAUCCAGGUCUUGAGGCUCAAGACUGCUGACACCCAUGGCCGGAUUCCGAAGCUGCCCACACCUUGGACCAAACUGUGGGCAAGGCCGGCCUGGAGGAGGCUGUCCUACAAGUGACGCAGGGUGAGGUCACAGGCUUUGGAGCCAGAGAGACCUGGGUCUGAACUGAGGCUCCAUCUCCUACUAGUGUUGUGACUUUGCACAAGUUACUUAAUUUCUUGGAGCUUCUCGUUCUCAAGGAUGAUAAGACUCCCCAACAGCUCUGCUGUGACGACUCGAUGACAAAAUACAUGUAAAGCCCCUGUGCAGGGCCUGGCAGAAUGUGCACCAUCGAUGUAUGCUUCCUCCUUCUCGAGGGCCCUCUGACUGUCUGUCACACUGGCCCUAGGAAAUGUCCUAAGCUCAGCAGUAAGGUCCCAGCAGAACAUUCCUGCGGCAGUUCCCAGCAUCCAGAGAGGGACAGUACCUGCCCCUUAUGUCAUCACAGAGGCAGUGCAGGAAGGUGGGGCCGGAGGAGAGCAUCCCCAGACAGCCAGGAGACCUUCGGCUUUGCUGGAAGUGGGCCCACCAGAGCCAGCGGUGUCUUGGGGAUUUUAACAAGCUGUCCGUUAGGAAAGUUUUAUCUCCCCUACCCAGUAGAGACCACACCUCAUAGCAGGCAGAAACCUCCCUUGUCCCCUGGAGACUUUAGGGACAAGACAGAGCCCUGCUAGAUUGGAAUCAAAACAGGAAAUCUGCAUUGUUGGUUGGGUGGAGGAGGCAUGGCCCACGUGGUCCCUGGAGCCAGAAGGGAAAGGUGGGAGAGGAGCGUCCAGCACAAGGCGGAGAUUUACCUCAUCUCUGACUACCUUGGGCCACCCCUGUGUUGUGAGUACCUUGUACCCACCUGACAAAACAAAUGGAUUGUUUUCCCAGGGUCCGGCUCUGCCUGCUGCCCCACUGACUUGUAGCCUCCUGCUGCGUCCAUCCAGCAUUGUCUGUGCCCUGCCAGUUGAGGCCAGUGAGGGAUGGUUCGCCUUGCCCUGCUUACCAGGUCUCCUCAGCUCUCUUUGCACUCAGUAGGACCUGCCUGCAUGUGGCUGCAUGUGGAGGGCCUAGGGUCUGAUCUUGCUCCUGGAGGCUCAGCAGAGCACACCUAGCUCCGGGUUAUCACUAUGUGCUCCCCUGCCCUCUUCUGGUUAUGAGGAGCUCCAGGUUUAUAGAGAUCCCCCUUCAUUAUGGAAAAGGGAGCUUCAUGUUCUAGGAACUCAGCUUCCUCUCUGCCCCCACCUCCUCCUCCUCCUCUUCCUCCUUAAUUCAUCAGGGACAAAACAAGCCUUGUCCAGUCAUCCUUCACAAGGAAGCUGACACUUCUCUGCCUUUUUAAUAUGUGAACUCUGGGCUGCAGUCAUAGCAAUAGAGAACAGCUGUAUUGAGUGAAUCACUCUUUCACCUGAUUGCCCCAGUGAUCAGUGGAUUCCUAGGAUGUUUGGAUGAGAUAAGUGCUCAGCUGCCCAACAGGCUUAGUCUACUUUCAGAGCUAGGGCUCAGGGGGGAACUAAGGAUAAGACUCAGUCUAGGGCAAAGUCAUGGCUCAGUCUAUGACCAGGGUCAGGACUCAGUGUGUGAGCAGGGUCGGAGUUCAGUAUGUGAGCAGGGUUGGAGUUCAGUGUAUGAGCAGGCUCAGGUCUCAGUGUGAGAGCAGGAUCAGGGCUCAGUGCAUGAGCAGGGUCAGGACACAGUGUGAGAGCAGGAUCAGGGCUCAGUGCAUGAGCAGGGUCAAGUCUCAGUGUGUGAGCAGGGUCAGGGCUCAGUGUGACUUUGGCCCUUCCAAUGAUUUUGUAAGCACCCACUACCCUGUAUUCAACCUGCUUCUGCUUAAGAUACAGUAGCUUCUGUUUUGUGCACCUAUCUGUGACUAAAAUACCAACUCUCAUUCAAGACUCAGUUCAAGUGUCACCAUCUUUGGGAAGCCUUCGACAAUUCCUCCAGGGUCCUUCUUCCCUCCUCUGGACUCCACAGCUCCUCAUAAAUUAAAUUUGUAUAAAUGUUCACCUCCCCUAGUGGAUUGUGACCUCUUCAUCCAACUACAGCACAGGCUCUAGCAUAAAGGAAGACCACAAAAAGAGACGAGCCAGAGGCCCUAGGCUGAGAGCAACUUCCUGAGCAUCAAGCCUUGAAAGCAGGCAGAGGCAAGCAGGCCCUGGGAAGGACAGGGAUCAGCCAGGGUGGGGUUCAGCCAGGAAAGCCUGGGAAGCAUCUUGUGACCUUAUGAAACACUCAGGCUCAGAGGAAAAGCAAAAAGUGUUUUCAGAUACAGAAGCAAGUCUGCAGGGAGCCACACGUGAAAGCAGCUCCCGGGCUGCUGCCUAGUCUGAGGCUUCAUGGCCCUGAAUCCAGUCAUGCAGAAACAAUGACAUGUGACAAAAGGGACAGCCUUGAUGCACAGGACAGUACAGAGGGUCAAAUCUAAAAAAACAACCGAUGAACGAAGGAUGAGUCUCCCUUGGUUGGGGACGGAAGAGGCAACAGGUAAAAGGUCCUCAGUCCGUGGCAGGCCCUGACUCCACCCCACUGGGACAGGAUAAGCUGUCCAGCCCCAGAACCCAGAAGGGCCGGCCCAUGCCUGUGUAUAAAUGGAGCAAGGAAACGGUUCCUUACAAGCGCCGGAUGCAUGCAACAAAUCAAAUCAGAACAAAUCAAAACAAAUCAAAGAAAACUUUGUGUGCCACCUUAGAUGAUGUGGCUCUGACAAGGGGAUGCAAUAAGGGACACAGUGGUGCAGAUGGCCACCUCCGUUGAUUGGCAGGCCAGGACUGAGGAGCAGAAUUGGAAAACCCAAAGAUUCUGCCCUGCCUGUGGUUGUUGCAGGUUGUGACGUGGGGCAGACUCCCUGUCCUCUCUGGGCCUCCGUCUCCUCCGUUUGUAUUGUAGGAACAGUAGACUCUGUGCUGAAGGACUUAGGGAAAUAAGGAAAACAAGAAGCCGUGCAAAGUGAGGGCUUAGGGAGGGCAGGGAAGUGGGAGAUGCAGAUCCUGGGCCUUGGCAGGGAAGAGGCUCCAGCUGGGAGGGAGACCUGGAAGGCCAAGGUGUCACUAAUGAGAUCCCAACAGACAGGGCUGGGCAUGGAUGAGCUUAGGGAAUCUGCCCUCCUCUGUCCCGGUGCUCAGCACACUUCAAAUUAAUAAUUAAAAUGCUUCCUGUCAGAUUCCAGCCUGACACGUAAUUAGAGCAGCUCCGGGCUUUAGGCAAUGGUGAUGAAAACAGUCCUUGUUAGAAAGAGACUUUCCUGGGCAUAAGCUGGGUGAGGAUGGAACCCUCCUCCUCCAAUUUCUCCAUCAGGGCCUCCCUUCCAUCUGCAUUCCAGAUAGAUAUGGACAAGGGCUUUCCUUCUACCCUGGGGAGGGGUGGGGUGUGAGGAGGAGCAUCCAUUUUCCCAGCUGCACCAGGAAGAGGUCGGAGAAGGUGCCAUCCCAGCUGACAAGAGAAGGCAGCACAGGGAUAUGUGCAAGAAGGAGGACAGGUGGGGCUCCUUGGAGUUUCAAAGGCCAGACGGGCAAAUCUCGGGACCAGCAGGAGAUCCGAAGUCCCACACAAGGUGGGACUAUUGUACCCCUUCCUACCAGCAACUGUUCAGGCCCCUCCCCACCAACCCAUGGCAACCCUUACGUCCUUCUAGAGCACAGCCCUUCCCAAAUCUAUCAACAAAGUGGGGCAUGGACCCAGGAGUCCCAGCUCCCAGCUGCUGGGCUUCUCAGUCCCGGAGAGGCAGAGCUUGGAGGUGCUGUCCAUGGUUCCAGAGAAACUUCCAGUUUUCAAGCUCCUCCUAUGUCAGGAGUUCUCCCACAGCCUUGGCCAGUCUCCCUACUACCUUGACCCCUUCCUCCAGGGUCCACUCCCUAAACCCUGUCAAACUGUCACACCUCCUCACCCACCACCAGGCCUGGCCCCCCAAGAGAGGGAAGGGAUCCUCAUUAAGGGAGAGCUCUCCGUGCCCACCCUGGGGCUUCACCUGAUGGGCCUGCCCUGAGGAGCUUGGGACUCAGAGCUUACGCCGAAGCUACCUAUGAGAAAAAGAAAAUCAUUUUAAAGCAAUGUUAUGUUACUUCAUUGAAGUUGCCUUCAUAAAUAUUUUAAAGGUGUUUAUUAGGAAAACUACAGGAGCAGAGAGGAGGCUGCUGAGGAGGCUGGGAGGAGAGAUCCCCAUAAGGCCUCAGCUGCCACCACUGCCCCCAGUGAAACAUCUGCUCCCUCAGAAGGGCUGGCCCUGUGGGGGCUGCAAAGAGGAGAAGGCCACUUUGUUGGGCUGCCCCACCCCUUGCAGGAGGUGGCUGCUCAGAUACCAUGUUCCUGUCCUUGGAUUGAACCCCAUAUAACAGAGUCCUACGGACUUGGCAUUGAGCUAUGGGCAGGGCCCGCCUCAGAGGUUUGCUCCCAGUUGCUGGGCAAUUGCUCUCCUACUCUGAGCUCAGUGGUGCAGGGGAGAAGAGGCCAGAAGUUCUGUUCCUGGGCAUUCUGUGUUUCCAGAUCUGUGGAUGCUGUCCUUUGCUCUCUUCUCCAUACUCCCUCAUCUACUCUUCCCUCCCCUCCCCCACACCCAUCCAGGGCCACAUCAGACCAGGAGCAGCAGAGCCAGAGCAGGUGCACAGGGCCAGACAACCAUCCCCAGGAGCAUCUCAGCCUUCCUCACCUGCUCCAACAGGCGGGGAGAGCCCCAUCUGGGGCCUGGGGAGGGAGUAUGAAUGGUGUCUGCCUGCUGCCCCAUCAUCCCUCCGAUGGGGGUGAGGCAGGGACAGAGACACCAUGGCUGCCUCUGAUGCAGCUCCUUUCCUUGGGAAAGAGCUUCUUUCUCUUCCCCAAGCUAAAGCCAACAAGCCAAUUAAAGCCUGAGAAAGCAGAAUCAAUCUGCAGGCCGAGGGAUUACACUGAUCUGCAGUGCUGGUACCCAGGGGGCCAUGGCUGCUUCCGCCUUGUACAUAGGGCUCCUUCAACUGCCAUCUUCAGCUGAGCAAUGAGCAAUCCUCCUGCCCAUGCUUCCAUCCUCCUCUGCACCCCCACACUCUGUCAGUCUGACAGUUCCCUCUCUAUUGGUCUCAGGUCAAAUCUCUCUCCUUUGUCCUGGGCUGCGCCGGAUGCCAUCUGCUCAGACCCAUUCAUUCACGUUGCGUAAGUGCAGAUGAGGUGGCCCCAUGGAGCCUCUGUCCUUUGGACGACCUCUCUCCAUCUCAUUCAACCAGGGAAGGCGGGUAGUGCUCUUCACCCCAUUUUACAGAUGCGGCCUGCAAGGACACAGUGCCAGCUCCCCAAGGGUUAGCAGGUAGCGUUCCCCACACAGAGCGUGGGAGUCAGCAAAUGGAGCUUAGGAAAUGUUCUCCGGUAAAUAAAAAAAAAGAAUGACUUACAAUUACCAUAUCAAUUGUUUCUGGGUAAACAGGGGCUUCUAAGAGAUUUUUUAAAUAGAUUAUUCCUUUAAAUUGGUUAAGCACCCCUUGGCAGCCUAAUUUACAUUAUUCAUUCUCUGAGAAAUCCUUUUUUUCACAAAUAGCGCGACGUAAACUUCAACCUCAGUCCUUUCCACCCAGCGACUGCAUUACUGUGGUUUGGGAACUUCCCUGCCUGCAACGUACUGCCCUGUGCCUUGGGCUGGGCGGGGAAUCCAGACCUGCUCGGAGGAGGAGACGGACUCCCAGAGGACAGUGAAGGAGCCAGCGCUUUAUCGUGGCUGUGAAACGCCCUGAGGUGCAGUCAGAGAUCUGCGGGAAUCACGGGAGGGGGCGUGUUAGAUUUGCACAGGCAGAGGAGAGAGAGGGCAGAUCCUGUGGGGGAAGAGCUUAAGCAAAGGCUCGUAAACGGGAUUGAAUGUGGCACGUGCAACUUCUGCCCCCUUCUCCCUGGUCACCCAUCCUCCAGACAGAGCAGAACGCACUCCUCUCUCAGCACUGCAGAGCCCAUCCCACAAAUGCCCUCGGUCCAGAAUCCCUGCCGCCAGCAUUUUCUUGUCGCUCUGACCCAGAUCCUCCCAGCUGCAGUGGACGGGCAGGCAAACACUCAGAAGGGCAGCAUGGAUAGAGACGCCAAGGAAAUCAGUACCCUGGCCGUGUCACCAAGGCCCUCAGCGUAGUCACCCAAGGAGGCUGAGCUCCCUCUGCAACUGGCCAGCUUCAGGUUUCCAGAAUGUUCACUGAAGUUGCCCUCAAUGAACACAUGGACUUCAAAGUAAUUAUAAAAGCUAUAGGAACAAAGAGUAGUGUGUUCAUUCAUUAGCAGCAACUACACUAAAUUAUCUUAACAAGUAAGGCAAAAUGUCAGUUCAGUGGCUGCCAGAGACGUUUAUCAGUCCUUCCUCCCAACACCCCACAAGUGGGAGCCACAUUCUGCAGGAAGUGUUUUGGAGAAGAUGUUGAAACGUAAGAGACAGGAAGGGAGUAGAAUAGGGUUCAGACCAGGACCCAGGGAGCCUGAUGGCCUGUGAAUGAUGCCACUAGGUAGGUAGACUCCUGAUAGGGAAGUUUUGAGACUGGGGAAGGACAAGAGGCCAGAGGCCCUGCAGGAGGGCAGUGGGGGCAGUGGGAGAGGAGAGAUGCUGUGUACUUGUCACUCUGGAUACCGCAGCUCCGCAGUAUAGUAGAGGCCCCAGGAUAUCCUGGGUCGGAGGCCAUUUUGAGGUUGGGGUGGGAGGGGCACGGGAAGCAGGAUGAUGAGAAAGUUGCUUCCGUGAGCCUGGCACACACGCAUAGACUGACGGCUGCAGGGAGCAGGACAGAUGGUCCUUCCUUCUGUGGGGAACACGAUGCUGGAGGGAGGGAGGGAGGCAGCCAGAACCAGCCACGUGACUGCACAUCUGGAGGCCUGGGGACGACAAGGAAGAGAGACGGGGAGAAAGGGAGGCAGUGGGAGGAGGAGGGGGGAGGGUCCCCCAUUUCCUGUACUGAGCGGUCAUGCGCAGCGCCCCAUCCUUCCUCACUCCACCAGAGCCUGGGCACCUGGGUCUGACCAAGGGCAGGAACUCAGGGUUCCUGCUCUCCCCCGGGCCCACAAUAGAGGGAACAGGACCCCCUCUUCUCAGCACUAAACAUGAUCCCUUCCCUCAGCCUUCCUGCAUCUGUAUUUUCUGUGCUUCCUUUAGUGAGAAAACAAACACCUCUUGGUCUGAUUCAUGGUCAUUCAGACAGCUGACUUGUCUCAGGUGCCUGGUCUCAAAGGUUUCUGCUCAGGGUUCUCCCUCUGAAUCCUAUUUUGCAUAACUUGUAAGCCAAGCCAGAACCCCGGGGGUAUACACAUGAAAUAUGUAGCAAUGAUCUCCACCAACCGCACCCGAACUUCUAGGGAUGGAAGCCUGGCACCAGUAUUAUUAGAAAUCUCUUAAGUGAUUCUAAUGUGCAGCCAGGGCUAAGAACCACCGGACGAAUGGGAUCAGGAGGAACAUAGCGCUCAGGAUCAAGGAGAUGAGAGGCUGUUCUAUUAUGAGCUGAAACAUGAUCCACACCAGGGCCUCAAUUUGAAAGUGACAAGGAUGAAACGCGUCCAGAGGAGGGCAGUGGAGGUGGAGAAAUCACAUCGGCUGAGCGAGGUUGAGGGGAGGGAGCUAUUUUGCUGCUCAGAUGCUGGCGAAAGGCUGGGGGCAAAGGUCACAGACUCUGUCUGAGCGCUAGAAUGUAUCUGCCCACGAGAUCCAGGGUUUCCUGGGUCUCACAAGCACCACCUCAUUAGUGGUGAUAGUGUCACCAUAAUUACCUGGAGUUGGUGGAGCCAAAGAGCGGGUUAUGAACACCCUCAGACACAAGUGCAGGAGAUUUAACUUGUCCUGAGGCACCUGCAUCCGAGAGGCGCUGGUGAACCUCCACCAUCCAUUAUGGUCAGGUGUUCGGGGGAGGAUGCAGCGCUCAGCACAGCCCUCGAGCUCCCACCCCAUCCAGCAGGAGGCAGACACACUCACCUCCAGGACUGGGCUCCGUGAAGCCAGCUCCUGGGGAACUGAGGCAGCGGGCCACAAGGCAGAUGGUGAAGGGGAAGGUGGUGCAGAGAGGGUAGGGGGGUGGAUGAGCACAGGCCCCAUGCACUGCUGAGUCAGGCUCCACCCCUGAGGUCCUGAGAGCCCUGCGGCAGGGAGAAUUUCCAGCGCAGUUCCUGCCCUGUUCAGAAUCCAUUCGCUAGUGGCCCUAAGUGUUCUUUGCUCGCACAUUCUUGCUGCCACAGGGCCUAGCUAAAAAGGUAGCCCAAACAAUUGACAACUCUACCAUCAUUUAAAAUGCUCAGGCCUAUGACCUCGAGAUCUCACUUCUGGAGCUGCAUAUGGCAGGAACCCAAGCACAAGGCUGCGUUAUUUGUAUCCAACUGCAGGAACUGGCCAAAUAUAUUGUAAAACAGCACACUGUGGAUAGUAGAUAGCCAUUUGAAAAGAAUGAGAGAGGUCUUUGCAAGAAGCUAGACACAAAAUAGCGUAUACUGGAGGAUUCCAUUUAUAUGAAGUUCAAGAAGAAAAUAAAUCCAUGGUGAAAGCAGCCAGAAUUGUAUCUCUGGGUGGGGCUGUUAACUGGGAAACAGCACAAGGGAACUUUCCGGAUUCUGAAAGUGCAAAAAUACAUGGAGCCAUACACUGAAGAUUAGCAUCUUUUAAACACUAGAUGUAUGUCAUACCUCAAUAUAAGAAGUAAAGAAAGAGGAGGCCGGAAUUCUAGAACUGACUGGGGAAAAUGAUAAAAACAAAAAAAGUGGCAGAACAACAUAUAUGAUUUCAUUUUUGUAAAUGUGUAAGUUAGCCUGGAAGGAUAGCGAACCCUUCAUAGUGCUUCCCUGAGUGGGGGCUGGAGGUAAGGAUAACCACUUUAUACAUUUCUGUACUGUUUGCAUUUGUAGUGCUUGAAUCUGCUGCUCCCCUCACAGCCCCACUUUCCGGUGCCUCCCUUCAUGCCAGCCUUGGGCUUCUCUGUGAGGGCCCUACUCUCGGAGGCCUGGGUUUUGACUACUUGGGGCAAACUUUGGCUUCACAUCUCAGUUUAAGCCUUGGGCUUUGCAUCAGGAUCUUUGGACAGUGCUGGCUCAGGAUCUGCCAGGGUCUCCACUUACUGGCCCCCAAGCACCAGCAUCCCACUCAGCAACCACCUCCUGAGACAAGCAAGAUCCGGUGCCUCCCUGAACAGACCCCAUGGAAGGCUCCAUUCCUGCCUGUGAGCGGAAGCAGAGGGCUCUGAGAGGAAAGAGCAGGGAGAGAAGGGCAGGACGACUCAGGGACCCAGCCGUACGUUUUCAACCCCCGCCCCACCCCGAGUCUCCCCACACUGAGUGGUCAGAUCCACUAAUUGGUCUUCACGGCCCUGGUUACAAAUGGUCCUGGGGGUGAAUUCUGGUCAUACCUCGGGCCAGGCAAAUGAACCGUUGCUCUGUCUGCUCUUUAAUAUGGAUGUGACACCUGCAGGCUACAGCUUGUGGCACCGUGAGAAUUAUUUCUCCAUUAAAAUGCAGGAGUUGGAGCUUUGCCCAGGAAGGGCAGCUAAAAAUACUGCUCUCUGGGGUACUUGUCACCAGGAAACUUAAAGGCCACCUUCCUCACCCCUCAGUCCCCGGGCAAGUCCCACACCUGCUGGGUCCGUCCCGUGAGCACUUGAGAAAGCAAUGUGUCUGGGCCUUACCCCAGCCCUGUCAGAAAGAAAAAGCACCAGUUACCGUGCCUGUUUUACAGGUGGGCAAACUGAGGUUCAGACAGCUUGCUCUAGGUCACUGCUCUCGCUCCAUCUACAAAAUCACCUAGGGAGCAAGGCUGUGUGGCCCCCACUGCAGGGAAGGAGAUAACCCUUCCUGUGUGCCCAGUACUUUAUAGUUUGCAGUAUCUUCUUACCUACUGCCCUGUCACCCCUCACACACUCCUGUGAAACAAGAACUACUUUUGUCCCCACCUCACGGGUAGGGUUAAAGCCCAGUGAUGUGGGCAACACACUCAAGGGCACGGGGAUAAGGGGCGAAGGCAGAGCCCAGGUACAAGUCUUUAGAUGCUAAAACCCACCCAGAGCUCCAGUGGUGGGACUUCAAGCAAGGUGGCCAGCCUCACACCCAGGCUGCGGACUCUACCACACAUGCUCCAGUGUGUGAAGGAUGCCACACCCCUUUCAGAGGAUGCAUCACCCUACUUAACAGAUACGGAAAUGAGGGUUCGGAGGACAGAGGACUUGACCACAAGUUAAUAGCAGAACCAGAACAAAAGUUCAUUGUCCCGGCCCCCAGGCCUGCGGAGCUCCCAGACUGACCGGCUGGCCAGGUGCUGAGACCCCGCCGCCCAGGGGCAGUGAGCACAGUGCACUCUGAAGGCACCCACAUGCCUAGACCCCGUUCUCUGGAAGCAUGUUUGCCUGCCCCAUUCACCCCCUCUUCUCAGUCUUUGGAGGUGGAAGGUGGUGAAACCCUCAGGCCCAUUUUUCAUAUAAAAGCAAGGUCCAGAGAAGCUAAAUGCCCUGCUCAGGGUCCUAGGGCAGAACGAGGCCCUGGGCCUGGACCUCUGACUCAGAACUAGCGCCCAUUCCACUGGGUCAGCCAAGAACAGCACGCAGAGCGCCUUUGCCGGCCUCAGCUUCUCCAUCUGUAAUAUGGGGGCCUUGGGGGAGGCCCUAAACAAGCCUAGCGCCUGGGUCUCCCGGGACAGAGAAACUAGUUGAUGCUCCCAGGAGUAGGUGGAGCCCCACACAGUGACCAAAGGGCCUGGCUUUCUGGACAGCAAACUUCACUUUACCAAGAGGGAAACUGAGGCCAGGGAGGGGCCACAUGGCCCCAGAGACCCAGUGAUUUAGGGACAGCGAGAGGAAGGAGAUCCAGCCUCAAACGUCCAGGGAGGAAUCCUUCCUGCCGAGUCCUGAUGCCCGGCCUGCUUCUACACACUUUGCAGAGAAAAACUUUCUACGAAGGCAUUUAUUUUUCCCAAAAUACACCCCCAGUUAACAAAAUUCCUCAGAGCCCCACAUUUUAAAUUAGAAAUCCCCACGUCUUCCAUUCCUGGAGAAGGGAGAUAUGUCGGCGAAAACACCAGAACAUCCGAAGUUUACUCUGCCGGAGGCUGGGGGCCGGCCAGAGACAAGCCCCACAGUAGCACAGCAGGGACGGGUGGCUGUGUCCCCGCCCCAGGCUCCCGCCAAGGAGGAGAGGCACCAGGUUUCCCCUAGGCUUCAGCUCUCCAGGUCUCCUGGGCCUUGGCUGCCUGCUAAGCUGCUCACGCCUGGAAAGACACUGUGGAAACCAUCAGAUCCUUCAGUGGCGGCGAGAGGUUCCAUCCCUCUCUCCAGGUUCCUGUCCCCGCCUUCCACUCCGGGUGAGGGCUAAGGAUGGCUCGGGGGUGAGGUAUCCAGGGAGCUGUGGGCACAGAGUACAGGAGGGAGCAAGGCAGGACGCCCCUCAUGAACCGCUGUUUCCGCACGAGUUUCCCAGCUGCAGGUCCAGCUGCUGGAGGGAGGGGCUUGUCUUCUCACGCAGGGACACCGGACACAGGGCUGAUGCACCAUGCAUGCUCAUGAACAUUACUUGAAUGGACAAAUAAAA